AUGAGCGCCCAAAGAGUUCCAAAGUGGUAUCCAGCUGAAGACGUUCCAGUCGCCAAGCAAACCAGAAAGACCGCUCGCCCACAGAAGUUGCGUGCCUCUCUUGUUCCAGGUACCGUCUUGAUCUUGUUGGCCGGUCGCUUCAGAGGUAAGAGAGUCGUCUACUUGAAGCAUUUGGAAGACAACACCUUGUUGGUGUCUGGUCCAUUCAGAGUCAACGGUGUUCCAUUGAGAAGAGUCAACGCUCGUUAUGUUAUCGCCACUUCUACCAGAAUCUCGUUGGACGGUGUCGAUGUCGAGAAGUACAACGUCUCCUACUUUGCCAGAGAAAAGGUGACCAGAAAGCAAAAGGCCGAGUCUAACUUCUUCGGUGACGAACAAGCUAAGAAGGAAGUCCAAGCUGAGCGUGUCGAGGACCAAAAGGUUGUCGACAAGGCUUUGUUGGCUCAGAUCAAGAAGACUCCAUUGUUGAAGCAGUACUUGGCUUCCUCUUUCUCUUUGAAGAGCGGUGACAAGCCACACUUGUUGAAAUUCUAA